UAUAGCCAUUAUCCCGGAGCGGUGUAGGUUGUGACAGUCGGUAGGGCGGCGACUUGUGCUUCUGCUACUAUUACCGAAAUUCCGCUUUUAUUGGGUCAUUCCUCAUAGUCAGUUUGGUGACGGUAACGGCACCGCGAGGUGAAAGCAAUGCAAAUUCCUGCUGGUUUCCUGUCAUCAAAGCCCAGUGCAUUGUGGGAGCUCAGGUGACAGCUGUAAACUACUGCAUGUUUUCCUACAAACAAUGGAAGACACAGUUCAUCAGCUGGAGUUAGAAACAGAGGUGCAGAUUAACAUCCACUCAAGUUGUCAUAUGGACACUGUGCUAUCCAGAUUAGAGGAACAGAGAAAAAAGAACUUCCUAUGUGACAUCACGCUUGUAGUAGAGACUGUGCAGUUUCGGGCACAUAAAGCCCUGCUAGCUGCUAACAGUGAAUACUUCUCUAUGAUGUUUGCUGAUGAGGGAAAUAUAGGCCAGUCAAUCUAUGUCAUAGAAGGAGUGGUGUCUGAGGUCUUUGAAACCUUGCUGCAGUUUAUCUACACCGGAAACGUCCAUGUGAGUGAGAAAUGCCUUAAGCAAAUAGUGGGGACUGCACAGGUGUUGAAAGUGGAUAAUUUGGUGAAAGCAUAUGCUGAGUAUCAGCAGAACCUACUGAAACAUGAUGCUGAAACAUCUGAUGAUAAAUCAUUAGAGGAAGCAGAUGAUCCUGGAUCAAAACGGAAACGGGGACGACCAAAGAAGCAAUGUGAUCAAAAUAAUACCCAGGAAGAUCCCAAAUCUGAGACCCAGACAGAGAAAGAUAUAGACAAUGCAGCUGUCCCAGGAAGUAUGGAGGAUACGUGUUAUACAAACGGAAAUAUAUUACAUGAGCAUGAAGUUGCUGAUUUUGCUGCAGAGGUGACAUGUGACCUAAAUCCCAAGCCUCCAGAAGAACCACUGAUAUUAAAGAGACAUAGUAAGCGCAGAUCUCAAAGGUCUGUUAAACUGCAGGAUUAUAGACUUGGUGAAGAUGGGGAGGACAGUGUACCGACAAAGCAUUCUGCUGGCAAAAAAAAGCAGCCCAUGCCUGAACUCAGCUGCAAAGAUUGUGGAAAAGUGUUCAAGUACAAGCACUUCUUCGCAAUCCACCGGAGAACUCAUACAGGGGAGUGUCCCUUCAAAUGUUCUCAGUGUGGACAAGGUUUUUCCCAGAAACAUUCUCUGCGUGUCCAUGAGCGCAUACACACUGGAGAGAGACCUUAUAGCUGUACCGUGUGCAGUAAAUCUCUUGCAACCAAGAAUUCGCUAAUGGAGCACAUGCGUAUACAUGCAGAAAAAAAGGCAUUUACUUGUGACAAGUGUGGAAAGUUCUACAGUCAGAAAAGACAGCUGAAAAGUCAUUAUCGUGUACAUAUAGGUGAUGGGUUACCAGAGUGUAAUAUCUGCCAGCGAAAGUGCUUGGACUCAGCUCAAUUAAAAAAACAUCUAAGAUCUCAUACAGGUGAAAAGCCAUAUACAUGUGAAGUCUGUGGAAAAUCAUUCACUGCUAAAAGUUCAUUACUCACACAUAUGAGAAUACACAGGGGUGAAAAGCCGUAUUCUUGCAACAUUUGUGGGAAAUCCUUUGGAGACUCCAGUGCCAAGAGGAGGCACAUCACUUUGCAUGCGGGAAAGAAGCCAUUUUCUUGCUCAAAAUGCAAUGUGCAGUUUACUCGUAUGGACAAUCUGAAAGCCCACAUAAAAUCUCACAGCAAAGAAAAAAAGCCAAAACCACCGGCCACCACUACUAGCACUAAAGUUAAUGAGGGAUCAGGAAGCGUAAUGCAGAUGCAACAGUAUCAGUUAGCAACACCUAAUCAACAAGAAAUACAAGUAUUGGUUUCAGACAAUGUAAAUAACCUAAAUUUCAUGUCAGGUCAAGGCCAGGGUAUUAGUAUUGUUACUACUGAAGCCUCUCCAUCCAUUGCUGACCAUGCUGCAAAUCUGGCACUGAUAGCUCAUCAACCUCCUGCUUUGCGUGGGUUACCAGUGGCAUCACAUCAGCACCAGGUACAACAAAUUCACAAUAUUGACAUGGAGAGCAGGGUACAGACUGUUUUGCCAGAGCAAAUGCAUGUUGUCACCCUUUCAAAAGAAGCAUUUGACCAGCUUCAGGGACGGACCCAUGAAAUUCACUUGACUCAAACAAAUCGUCCAGCACCGCCAACUCUGGUACAAGCUCCAUCAGCUCCUAGUAUUUCUAACCAGAGUGUCCGGGCUCCUGAGCAAGCUCAGCAAACUUUACCUACAGGACCAGUAACACAGUCUGCACCAAUUGUCACUCUGUCAAAAGAAGCUUUUGACCAACUGCAGGGACGGACCCAUGAAAUUCACUUGACCCAAACAGAUCGUUCAACACCACUAACUCGAGUGCAAGCUUCACCAGCUCCUGCUAUCCGUAACCAGAGUGUUCGGGCUCCCGAGCAAGCUCAGCAAACUUUACCUGUUGGCCCAGUAACACAAUCUGCACAUGUUGUCACUCUGUCAAAAGAAGCAUUUGACCAAUUGCAGGGACGGACCCAUGAAAUUCACUUGACCCAAACUGAUCGUCCCACAUCGCAGACUCGGGUGCAAGCUCCAUCAGCUCCUAGUAUCCUUAACCAGAGUGCCCGGGCUCCUGAGCAAGCUCAGCAAAGUUUACCUGUUGGCUCAGUAACACAACCUGCACAUGUUGUCACUCUGUCUAAAGAAGCAUUUGACCAAUUGCAGGGACGGACCCAUGAAAUUCACUUGACCCAAACUGAUCGUCCCACAUCGCAGACUCGGGUGCAAGCUCCAUCAGCUCCUAGUAUCCUUAACCAGAGUGCCCGGGCUCCUGAGCAAGCUCAGCAAACUUUACCUGUUGGCUCAGUACCGCAGCCUGCACAUGUUGUCACUCUAUCUAAAGAAGCAUUUGACCAAUUGCAGGGAUGGACCCAUGAAAUUCACUUGACACAAACUGAUCGUCCAACAUCGCAGACUCGAGGGAAAGCUCCAACAGCUCCUAGUAACCUUAACCAGAGUGUCCGGACUCCUGAGCAAGCUCAGCAAACUUUACCUGUUGGCUCAGUAACACAGCAUGUACCUAUUGUCACUCUGUCAAAAGAAGCAUUUGAACAACUGCAGGGACGUACCCAUGAAAUUCACUUUACCCAAAGAGAUCGUUCAGCACCACUAACUCGGGUGCAAGCUCCUCCAGCUUCUCCUAUUCUAAACCAGAGUGUGAGGGCUUCUGUGCAAGCUCAGCAAAAUUUACCUGUUGGCAGAGUACCACAGUCUACACCAAUUGUCACUCUGUCAAAAGAAGCAUUCGACCAACUGCAGGGACGUACCCAUGAAAUUUACUUGACCCAAACUGAUCGUCCAGCACCAAUAACUCGGGUGCAAGCUUCACCAGCCCCUAGUACUCUAAACCAGAGUGUCCGGGCUACUGUUCAAGCUCAGCAUACUUUCCCUAUGGGCUCAGUUACACAGCCUGCAUCAAUUGUCACUCUUUCAAAAGAAGCGUUUGACCAACUCCAGGGACGGACCCAUGAAAUUCACUUUACCCAAACAGAUCGUCCAGCACCACUAACUCGGGUGCAAGCUCCACCAACUCCUAGUAAUCGGACCCAGAGUGCCCGGGCUUCUGUGCAAGCUCAGCAGACUUUACCUGUUGUUCCGGUAACACAACCUGCACAUGUUGUCACUCUGUCAAAAGAAGCAUUUGAACAACUGCAGGGACGGACCCAUGAAAUUUACUUGACCCAAACUGAUCGUCCAGCAUCACUAACUCGGGUGCAAGCUCCACCAACUCCUAGUUCUCUGAACCAGAGUGGCCGGGCUUCUGUGCAAGCUCAACAAACUUUACCUGGUGGCCCAGUAACGCAGCCUGUGCCAAUUGUCACUCUGUCAAAAGAAGCAUUUGAACAACUGCAGGGACGGACCCAUGAAAUUCAUUUGACCCAAACUGAUCAUGCAAAACCACAAACUCGGGUGCAUGCUCCAGCAGCCUCUAGUACUCUGAACCAGAGUGUCCGUGCUUCUGUGCAAGCUCCGCAAACUUUACCUGUUGGCUCAGUACCGCAGCCUGCACCUGGACAGCUAGUUCAAGCUCAGACAUUUCAGAGACCUGCCAGCGCUGUUCCUUUUGCCAGUACAACAAUGGACACACCAAAUUCAAGCUCUAUAUAAACUGUUCUUUUUGAAAAUACUUGUACAAAAUAUUUUUUCUAAUGUAAUAACUGAAAAACUUUGUUUUAUUUGUUGUUGUUUUUUUAAGGGCCAAGCAAGUUAUAAACUUUAAUUCUGAGUAUCUCGGUUUGUUACUUUCAUUCGGCAUUUUUCCAUAACUUAGACAUGUAUGAUUUAUAUUUUAACAUUACAUUUUAUGUGCCUUUCAUCAAAAUUGAUAUAUUUUUCCUUUUUUUUUUCUUGUGCAGUGUAGCAGAAGUUGACAUGGAUAUAUUAAACAUAUAUGGAAAGGAUUUUCUUUUAUCAAAUAGCCUAAGUGGAAUGAGCUCCAGAGAUGCUUCAACUUUGUAUUGAAUACACUAUAGAAUUAGGAGGCUUACCGGAGUAUAAUAAUUUCACUUUAGUGUACAUUAAUAUUUGUUCUGUUUGAGGUAAGAUUGUUUGAAGAAACAUGCUCAAAACCCAAAGCUGCACUACAGUGAGAGUGUGAUGCGUAACCCUUUUUUUGUCAUUCUUCUCUCUCAGAAGUGCAGUCUUAAGCUUUGUACCUGUAACAUCAAGAAGUUUUUACUUGACAGCAAGGGAAGAUAUUAAAUAAGUUUUCCCCCUUUUUAAUGUGCACCAAAGUAUCAUUUAUAGAUUAAUUUAAACAGGAUUUCUUUAAAUAACAUUUUGGAAAGCAUCGCACAGAGCCAAAAAGUCAAACAUGCCUACACUGUAUUGUAGCAAUUUGUUCUAUAGUUAAACUUUUAUGUACAGGAGUUGCAUAUGUGCAUUUUAAAUAAAAAGUAAUAAUAAUUUGAUUGUCUUAGAGCUUAU